UCUUAUUUGAUACGGCUUAUGAGGGCAGGCUCCGGGUUCUUGAUCUCUUUGGUGAUGUUGACCGGCAGCCAACACCCCCUUCAGGAGCAUCUUCGGGUGCAGCCAUCUCAACGAUACCUGAUCUGAUCCUGAUUGUCUCACACCACGACAUCAAGAUUUAAAAUAGCCACAUCCUUUAGGUCAUCAUGUCAGAUAUGCACGAUCUCAAGAAGCCGAAGAAGGGCCUGUCUGGCUUCAAACUCGACAUUCCGCUCAUGGGCAAGGGCAAGAAAAAGUCCGAUCAAAAAGAGAAGAAGGCCGCGGAAUUCCUCUUGACUCGGCGAGGGGAGGUUAGUGAAGCUGCAAACUGCAGUCCCGACUCUGGCGUAAGUGUUGUGAUCGACGAUGUCCAGGUUUUGGUCCAGGCGGAGCUCCCCGAUGCGAACGACAGCGAGCUCGAUGUGCUACCAGCAGGUCUAUUAAAUCACAAAUUCUUCAGAAGAAUGGUCAUCUCUGCUCAUCUGAAUCUGACCGUCGCUUGUUGGCACUUGGGGACAGCGCCGAAGCUGUACAGGGAUUGUUUUCAGGCCAAGAGAUCCUACCAGCUUGCUCUCGACGCAUUCAUCGCCAAGGACAUCAAGCGUGGCAACGCCACCACCUCCCCGCCGCCCUCCUCUCGGGCGUCCGCCCGGAAAUAA